AUGAUCCAUCAAGCAGUCUCGUGCAUAAUUCACAUUCAGAUGUUGAAUAUCAAUAGAAUGCAGUUGUUGACCACAAAUUUAAGGUCACGUUCUAUUGCUUCUGAUUCUUUACCACAUCUUCAGUUGCCUGGGGAUAAAAGUGCUCACAUGACAACAACUUCUAGUCCAGGAUUUCUUGUUUCUAACAAUGCCGGGGAUAUGAGAAGUGGACAUCAUCUUCAUCUCAACGUGGUGAAUAUCUCCUCGAACUUUCUAUCCAGUAGAAUUUCAGAAAGAAAUAGUUUCGAAGCAAGAAAAGAUAGUAGGAGGCUAUUUUGGGAUGCUUUAUCAAGACGGAGAGAUUCCCCAACCAUGGUUUUUGCCACUGGUCAUGCUGGUGAACUAGGUUCCCACGACAGAUGGCUCCUAGAUAUUGGUCGUAUCCAUAAUGAUGAAGUUGGUCAUGAUAUGGAUUCCUUGAAAGCUAGACAUCGUCGCAGAAAUGAAAGCAGAUGGUUAAUGAGAUCGGAGGUUUUGGAUGAAAUUCAACGCCAGUCCCCGUCUCUUUCACCAUCAAUGCUCUCUCUCCCUGCUCCUGAGUCUGUUGUGGAUGCAUUUUCUCUCGAGUAUUACAAAAAACUAAAAGCCACUGAAAGUGAUACGAGUGAUGUUCAACAGUAA